GUCUGCUCCUCAGUCCCCAGCCUGCCCCAGCUGUGACCAGAGCAACCAGAGCCCGCCACCCGCUGCACUCCCAGGCUUACUUGCUCAGCCCCCAGGCCCUCCUGCUUCCGGCCGGGGGCGCCAUGGCCUGCCGCUCCUGCGUGGUUGGCUUCAGCAGCCUCAGCAGCUGUGAGGUGACCCCGGUGGGCAGCCCCCGGCCUGGAACCUCCGGAUGGGACACCUGCGGGGCCCCCGGGCUGGGCUUCAGCUCCCGCAGCCUCACAGGCUGCUUGUCAGCUGGCACCAUCUCCAAGGUGACUGUGAACCCCAGCCUGCUGGUGCCCCUGGACCUCAAAUUGGACCCUGCUGUUCAGCAACAGAAGAACCAGGAGAAGGAGGAGAUGAAGGCCCUCAAUGAUAAAUUUGCCUCCCUGAUUGGCAAGGUGCAAGCCCUGGAACAGCGCAACCAGCUGCUGGAGACACGCUGGAGCUUCCUGCAGGGCCAGGACUCAGCCAUCUUCGACCUCGGGCAUCUCUAUGAGGAAUACCAGGGCCGACUGCAAGAGGAGCUGCGCAAAGUGAGCCAGGAGCGGGGGCAGCUGGAGGCCAACCUGCUGCAGGUGCUGGAGAAGGUCGAGGAGUUUCGAAUCAGGUAUGAGGAUGAGAUCUCCAAGCGCACAGACAUGGAGUUCACCUUUGUCCAGCUGAAGAAGGACCUGGAUGCAGAGUGUCUUCAUCGGACUGAACUGGAAACCAAGUUAAAAAGCCUGCAGAGCUUCGUGGAGUUGAUGAAAACCAUCUACGAGCAGGAGCUGAAGGAUCUGGCAGCACAGGUGAAGGACGUGUCGGUGACCGUUGGCAUGGACAGCCGCUGCCACAUCGACCUGAGCGGCAUCGUGGAGGAGGUGAAGGCCCAGUAUGACGCCGUCGCGGCUCGCAGCCUGGAGGAGGCCGAGGCAUACUCUCGGAGCCAGCUGGAGGAGCAGGUCGCCCGCUCAGCCGAGUAUGGGAGCAGCCUCCAGAGCAGCCGCAGCGAGAUCGCGGACCUCAAUGUACGCAUCCAGAAGCUGCGGUCCCAGAUCCUCUCUGUCAAGAGCCAUUGCCUGAAACUGGAGGAGAACAUCAAGGCAGCUGAGGAGCAGGGUGAGCUGGCCUUCCAGGACGCCAAGACCAAGCUGGCCCAGCUGGAGGCCGCCCUGCAGCAGGCCAAGCAGGACAUGGCACGGCAGCUGCGCAAGUACCAGGAGCUGAUGAAUGUCAAGCUGGCCCUGGACAUUGAGAUCGCCACCUACAGGAAGCUGGUGGAGGGCGAGGAGGGCAGGAUGGACUUGCCCUCAGCCACUGUGGUCAGCGCUGUGCAGUCCAGGUGCAAAACCGCCCCUUCCCUCCCCUACCCCUUAUGUUCCCUGUAGCUGCCUCCAGGUCAGGCCUCUCCAAGGCCCCCUCCCGAAAGAAGAAGGGCAGCAAAGGCCCCGUGAUCAAAAUCACCGAAAUGUCAGAGAAGUACUUCUCACAGGAGUCGGAGGUCUCAGAGUGAGGCAACGGGACCCCAGGAACCCCAGGGAACUCCGCUGCAGCAGAAGGGACUUAAGCUAGACUCAAGAAAGCAGCUUGGAGCCUCUAGGUUGGGAGGAGAGGCAAAAUCUGAUACUGAACUGAGAGGGGGGGUUCAAAACUGACCGCUGUUUUGUGGGCUGCCAGGGUGGGAGAGGAGCAUCAGCAGCUGCUCAGAGCCACUCCGCUCCGUAUCAGUAUCUCACAGUCCCGUCCUUCCAACCUUCUAGCCAGAGGUUUUCCUGAUGGGUGAGCUGGAAUUAGGGGUCAGUUUUGUCUCCACCUCUUUGCUCCUCUGAGGCCCCUCCUCCAGCAUUGGGCUCUGCCAAGGCCCUUCUGACUCUUACCCAAUCCUUGACCUUGACUCCUAUCUCAAGCCUUGCCUUGCCUCUGCCUCAGAACUGAGACUGGGACCGGUUCAUCCACCUACGGGCGGGAGCUGAGGAGGACGGUGUGGGCCCUGUCCUGUAUCUGGAGUUCUUGGGAAGGCUGGCUGCUGAAGACCCUCUUGGCUUUCCCAUGCUCCUUGGGCUCCCCAGAGACCUGACAGUAUUACAGAGUGAAGGGAGGAGGGGCCCCAGGUGUUGGGGACCUAAGCCUAGGCCCCAGAGAUCAGCCCAAACACCUGCACCCCUCCCUCCUCCUGUGGGUCCCUCCCAGUAGGCCACAGUCAGAACCGGACGGGCUGCCCCCAACCAGCUCCUAGCACCUUCUCCAGAAGCUAUUCUUGCCAUAAUCAACUCCCUGGGAGUGAAAGCCAGAUGGCAGCUUGAGAUUAGGCAGGAGCAUUAGAUCUUCCUUUCACCUCCCUGCCAUACUAGGGUCCUACCAGCCUGGGAUCUGAGCUCUCUGCCCCCAGCCCAGGUUGUUCCCAGCCUAAACACCUGGUUUUGGUGCACCUAGCCCUGGAGACCCCUGGUCCCACCCCUGCCAUGGAGCCCCAGGUCUACUUCCCAAGAAUCUCACUUCUCAGGGCCUCUGUUCUCCUCUCCAUUGGGCCAAAUAGCCUUGCCCUCCCCUCCUUGGCAUUCAUGGAAGAGCCCAGGAACUCCCCACACCGAUGGAGUUAGAGCUCCCCCUUUCUUCUCACUUUGCCCCCCUCCUCCCUCCAUGCCUAUUCCCCCUGCCUCUGGCCGGCUAGCAAGAAGGCACAGUCCAGGCAAGUCUGGGAGCUUCCAAGCCCUUGAGGUCCAGCUGUGGGGCCCAAAUGACAGCCUUACAAGGGCUCUACCAGAGAGGAAAAUUCCACAUUCCACCAGAAGACGGGGGUGCUGGCAGGCAUACUCCUGUCUCCCCCUCUUGGCUGUCAAUGCUGAGGCUUGCAGAGGCAUCCCAGUGGCACCAGCCUCCCACUGCACAGCUUCCUUCCCGCCUUCUCUCUCAUCUCCCCUCCCUGCCCCUCGCCUCACCUCCUCUUCUAGACUGCAUUAGAUUCAUUCAUCUCAUUUUCCAGGACAUGCUGGCCAGAGGUCUGGGCCCAUCCCAGGCCUCAAGGCCCUCCAGGCCUGUGGAGAGCACUGGCGGGUUACUGACUCUCCAGCUAUGGGAACUCAGAUAUUCUCAUCCCCGAAGUCCCAAAAGAGGGUGCUGACUGGUGCUUUUCCUCAGGCUCUUCAUUGGUUUCCAAGGGAGCAAAUCCUCAGUGGGGAUACAAGAUAUAUAAAGUAUAUAUUAUUUUUUCAUAACUUAUGUGGCUUUUAACUUAUUGCUUCCCUUCCUGUUUCUGCAUGAUCAGUCUGUAUGUACUAUCUGGAUAGAUAGCACACGCUCCAGCCACCUCACCCGAUUGGCUAUCUUGGGGCCAUGUCUCGCUGGCCCCAAGGCCAUCUCGCUGCCACAGGAUGAAUAAAGUGUUGAGAUUUGUCUAUGGAGAAAGUUGUAUGUCUGUUUUUUAUCUCCCCUCUCAGGAUCGGUCAGUCACUGGUCAAUCAGGCUGACCAUGGAACAUUAGGAAUUCUCCAAUUAAGGGAGAAAAAGUCCAGGGACCUAGUUAUAUCUUCAGACCAGUGCAGCUUGGACACACAAAGGUCUCCUGUCUCACCGUCUGGUAUGGUUUGGAUGCUCGUCCCCUCCAAGUCUCAUGUUGAAAUGUAAUUCCCAGUGUUGGAAGUGGGGCCUGGUAGGAAGUAUUUGGAUCAUGAGAGAGGAUCCUUCGUGAAUGGCUCAGCACCAUCCGCUUGGUGAUGAGUGAGUUCUCACUCAAUUCACAUAGAUGUGGUUGUUUAAAAGAGUCUGAGACCUCUCCCCUCUUUCUCGCCAUGUGAUAUGCUGCUCCCCCUUCACCUUCCGCCUUUACUGUAAGCUUCCUGAGGCCCUCACCAGAAGCUGAGCAAAUAUUGGUGCCAUGCCAGUACAGCCUGCAGAACUGUGAGCCAAAACAAAUGUCUUUUCUUUAUAAAUUA